AAGGAUCUGUCAUGAUGUAAUAUUAGUACGUUACCUAACUUAUCUACUAGUGCACUAAAUAGCUAUGGCACUAAUAUAUCUAUACAUACAUUCAGGCAUACAUACAUAAAUACAUGUGUACCCGUGUACGUGUAUGUCUAUAUAUAUAAAAACGCCCCUGAAACAACAUCCAUCAGAAACAACAACUGACAACCACUGACGCCAUGAUUCCCGCGCAGCGAAGCGCCUCUAGUGACGCGCGAGCGUACCAACAUGUUUCAAAUCAAAAAACAGUCAGUUGGUGAGUUGGCUUGCAACGGCAAUUACGUGGGUAGCGUGCGGUGAGUGUCCGUGUACUGUAGUCCACUUACCCUCGAAGAUGACGGACUUUCGGGAGCGAUACAAGCGUUUGGGUUUCGACCCGGAGGCUAAUCGGGUGUUAAGGAGUCAACGUCGCAAUGAGGCUCGUCGUGGUUUUCGUGACGAACAGAUAAGCCUUCGACGUGACAUGGGUGCUCACAAUGAUGACAGUUUUUCGCUGGAUGAUAACACAACUGCGAGUACUCAAGAAAGUGUCUUCAGUGGUUAUUUUCAGGAUAGUGCUAAUUAUAAGAGUACAGAUUGGCAGGAAGAUCCAAAGGCUAAGGCUGCUGCAGAUCACGAAGCAGCAGUUCAACAACGUUGGGAGCGCUUACAAAAGUGGAGAGAAGAAAAAAAUAAGCGUAAGCAGAUUGAAAAGAAGAAAGCCAAGCCAGUGUUUAAAGUAGGAGUGGUGCAUCACCGUAUCUAUUCACCACCAGUGAGCAAAGAGCCAGCACCUUUGCCACCACCAAAACUCUGCAGGAACAUAUCAACUAAUAUGUCACAAGCAGUACCAAAAAGAGUGACUAGAGCUACAGAGAAACGUUUAGCUGUAAAAAAUAUUGUAAAACAACAGAAGAGAGAAAAUAUGAGAUCUAAAAAGAGAGAACAACCACAGGUUCACAAUCAAGCAAAUGAAGAUAACCAUGUGGAAAUAGCUCCAAAAAAUCACAUGUUCAAAGCCCCUGAGGGUAUCACACACAUGCCAUUAUUUGGUAGAUUAGCAUUAGAAGCGACAAAAGAGAACAUCCAGGCUGAAAUUAGUUCAUUCCGAAUUCCUACGACAAUCAAUGCUGAUGCGUUUAGCGAGUCAUUCAACGAAUCAGCUGUCUCGUUGAAAUUGUCGUCCGACGAUCAAGAGAUGCUGGAUCACAGUGUAACAAACGCAGUCAAGUCGCCAGUGAGUCGACGUUCGUCAAAAAAUUUGACACCGCUUGCGGCUGAUGAGAACAUAGAUAAAGAGUUUACACCUAACGAUCAAGAGAUGAUGGAGGUAGAGUUUUCAAAUUCUGAAAACAUGAAUAGCAGCUUUUCGGUACCCGAUAAAAUUCAAUCACCUGUAAAUACGAAAACGUCCCUAAAAGUUAUACAAAGCCCCGUCAAAGUUGUGUCAGCUAAGGACGACAGUAUCUCAUUAAAACAGGACAGCGAGACGCCGUCACGUAAGAGAAAAUCUGUCGUUAAGAUAUCUAAGGAAAUUGCAACUGAUUUGCCCCAACGUACCAGAUCUAUAAGUGCAUCAGAUAAACAUAGAUCCGUACAAAUUGCGUUGACUAAUAGCGCUUAUUCAGGAAAAGAACAGAGUUUGACUUCAAAUGAAUCGUCGGUUGGUAGGCGUCGAUCGACGAAACUUGCAAGUAUCAAUUUAAAGACGGAUUCUAUUUCAAGUCCAGAUAAUAAAUUAAACCAGUCGACGAUCAAACGUAAAUCGUCGUCAAAAGUAGAGAAUAUGGAGGAGUCCGUGCCAAUUUCAUUAAAAAAGACGGAAAACAAGCGAAGAUCUACAAAGGUAAUUUCAAGUGGAAGUAUUGACAACGAAGAGACAGAUGUUUUACAUUCUAAUAACAUCGUUACCAUUGCUGAUGUGCAUCAAUCGCUUAUGAAAAAUCAACAACCUAACGUAUCAAUCAAGUCCCCGAUCAGAAAGAAAUCUACACGGUUCACCGCCAAUGGCCAAGGAAACGUCGACUUGUAUCACACGAAUCUCAUGGACUUCACAUUUUCAGCACCUAGGGAACUUCCUCGAAAAGUUGAAGAUGUACCAAAAUCCUUACUCGACGAUACUAUUACAAAUCUCACUCCUCGUCGUUCAUCGCGACUAUUACCAGCUGUUUCCAUAAACAAUCCGAAUGAAGAUUUUCCGUUAAUAAGAUUUUCAUCGUUCUGUGUUCCUACAUCGACGAUUAACGAAUCUAGUUCUUCAGAGCCUGUUAGACAACGCAGUCCCAACGACGUUAUGAAUCUCAGUUUAAAUAUGUCGUUGCCAGAAAAGACGAGAGAAGAAAAGCCACCAGCAUUUUUCUCGCCAUAUAUCGUACAGAGCAGAGGGAAAAAUAGUGCUAUGAAGGAAAUGAAGAAGAAGAGAUUUAGCCACUCUGGAUUAGAGUCAGAGGAUAUUCCUACCAAAGAUAAUAUCAUGCAAAAGCUUAAUAUUUCAGUUGAGGAAGAGGAGCGCACCGCUCAGUAUUACAAGCUUAUCCUCAGCAAAGAAAUCGAACGUUUGAAUGAGUUGUGUGAUCAUUGGAAUGAGGUUAAAGAAAAUCCGAAAACUCCCGAAGAAGCUCGUUAUAUUAUCCAAGCCGCUUGCGGCCAAACUCAACUACUCAUCAACAAAAAAUUUGAACGUUUUCGUAGCUUAGUUCAAGACUGCGAAACUGGACGAGGUGAAAUGUUAGUAACGUGCAAGGAUUUGCAAGGUUUUUGGGAUAUGAUGUAUAUGGAGAUUAACGACUGCGACAGUCGUUUCAAUAAACUCGCGGAAAUGAAGUCGAAUAAUUGGAUCGCGAAGGAAGAUCAGGUCCCUGUCGAUAAAAAAAAAAAAAAAGCACCUGUGAAAAAAUCUGUCGUUAAGAAACCUGCAUCUAAUAAACCAAGUUCGUUAAGGGCUAUGAUCGCUGCUGCUAGGAAGAAGAAGUCUCAAACUGAUAACAGCGUCGAAAAAAAUGAGGAUAUGGAAAUAGAUUCAAUUGAAAACUCACUUGAAGAGUCCAGCGGCACUAAAAGGCCAGCUAGUCCAUUAAAAACAAACUGUCGCCUCUCGUCAACUUCUAAAUCUAUAAAUAAGUGGGGUAACUUACUAAAAAAAGUACAAGUCUCACAUACACGCAAAUCUACAACGAGUCCAUUAGUCGUGAUGAAACUUAGUCAAAUGGUAAAAACACCUGAAGUACAGCUUGAUGACUCGAUAGUAUAUAUUAACUCUGGUCGCACGCCAGCAAAAAGUAUACUUAAGAAAGAUGAAGUAAUGGGCUCGGUGUCAAAGUCUACCAACAAGGUCUUCUUUAGAGAACAGUCCAACGAGGUUAAGGAGUUUGAGAGUAGAAACAGCUUUAUUGACGGUAACAUGAGUUUGGAUAAUAUAGGAGAAAUGAAAGAACCCAUCGAAAGAAAAUUGAAUUUUGAGGACGACAGUUUUGCAGAAAACGUUGAAAAUAAAGAUGAACCAUCACGGUCACAAUUUGUUUCAAACGAGUGUUCUCGUAAAAAUUCGAAAAUUGUGUCUCCUAUGGCGAGUCCAACAAUCUCCAUGUCGCCAUUGAGUUUAGUGGAUAAGAAAUCGGAAAGUUCUAGCGGGAUGCAGAAAUCUACUAAAACGAAAAAACAGAUUUCCUUUAAAGAGAAUUCCGAUGAAAACCAAUCAAGAAGAAUUCUUAGAACUAGAAAGUUUUCUGCGCCGCUGACACCGAUACCAAAGCGCAAAAAUCAAGAGAAUAGCGAAGGAGAUGUGAGUAUGGAACUAAAUAAUGCUGCGAAAGAGAGUAGUGGCGAUACACCACGACCAAAAUUAGUUAAGGAAAUAUAUCUGAAUGAGCAAGGAAUCGUAUGCGAAAGAUUUGUUCCUGUACAAAAAAAUACAUCUAUUAGAUCAAAACUGAAACGAAGCAUGUCAGAUGCUACGGGUAAAAAAAAAACAAAUAAAAAAACACUUGAAACUGAUGACACGAUGAACACACCAGUUACUGUAAAGGCAAGACGACAACUUAACGUACCUGAAAUUCUAAUAUCUACUCCAACGACUGUCUUAAUGGAUCUUACUGAGAAAAAUAAUUCAUCUUCUCACGCCAAGAAGCAAAGUUCGAAAAGAUCUCCUGCUGAUAUUACGUUGACUCAAGAUAAUGUUGACGUGAGUACCGAAGAGUCUAAAACACCAAAAGUACAUAAAAAAACGCCAAAAUUUGAAUCAAAAGAAAAUUCGACACAAUCGUCCACACUUAAACGGACUAGAUCAUUAAAGAUUAGUAACAACGUAGAGAACAGUGUGAAACAUACUGUUUCGCCUAAAUUGAGAAGAACAAGGUCAUUGAACGUGAAAAAAGUAGAUGCGUUAGAUAGCCCGAAAGAUGUUUUGAAGAAAAAAAAUAUAAAGAAAUUACAAGAAAACAUUGAACCUAAUGAACAAGAGUCUGCUCGAGGUACAAAAGGAAAAUUAUCCAGAACUUCUAGUUCCAAUAGGAAAAAUUUAAAGAAACAAGUUGAAAUUGAUCCAAGUGCAAAACUGACUGAUGUUAAUGAUGCAGUAAGCGACACAAUGGCACCAAAUGUUAGACGAAAAAGUUUGAGGAUUAAUGUAUACUCGUUCAACCAACAUUAAAUAUUAUUUUUUUUUAUAUUAAAAUAUUUCUUGCAGAUAACAUGAACGAAUAUAAAAUUAAAUUAAAUUAAAAAGGAUAGAUUGUUUUUUAAAUUGCUGACUAAAUUAAAAUAAUACACAAAUGUACGAACAGGAACUUGAAAUUAACUUCUAAUGUCUUUAUGUUUAAUAUUGCUAUUUUAGUGAUAGUAUAUGAUGAAAAAAAAAAUGUAUAGUAAAGUGCACGAUAGCCUAUAAAAUUUGAAAAAAAUCUGUUUGAAGGCUACUGAAUGAUGUUAUAUUAUAACUACAAGUACUAUAGGUAAUAAUAUACUCUAUCAUUUUGAUCUAAUAAUCAGGAAAAAAGACAAAUGCGUUGAUCUCAUGAUCUAUUAAUAUAAGCAUCUACUAUUUACGAUUUCGAUGCGUUGUAUAAUAAAUAAGAAAUUUUAUGAUACGAUAUAGAGGCGUAUAUAAAAAACUUGUUUUUAAUGUAUUUUUACAUAAAAUAAAUUCACAAAAUUAUGUACGUAUUAAAUUUCUCGACACCUGCAUUUAUACCGAUGAUAGUAUCAUAAUUACAGACAGUGGUUCAUUUACAUUUCGCUUGCAUAGGUAAAUAACUAUGUGUUUGCUUACUAAUUAUAUGUAUAGCGUUAUAAAGACAAAUAAAAUUA